UCUAUCCAAUGGAGUGGCUAGAGGGAGAGGAUCCAGUGCUGGUCGUGGGGCUGGAAUUGGGAAGCUCUUGAGCUUGGCAAGAACAUGAUAGCCUGGCGAAUGCCAUAAUUUUCGACAGUGGUGUGGCAGUCGUGGUCGAAGAGGAUGCCGUCGGAGCAAAGCAUAGCGUAGGGAAUGUUGAUGUCGGCCCAGGCGGAGUGGAAGCCGGUGACCGACGUCGACCUUGAUGAGAUCCGCAUAGACACCUCAAUCGUAGAGGGUGGAGAUGAUGUAGCUGGUAGAGAAAGGGACAGGGAUGAUGCGAACAGCAUCAUCGACAGCGACGACGACAAGCAUGAACUGGGGGAGGAAGAGGGAAUCAACAUGGAAGGGCGAGGGACAUUGGCGGGGGAAGCAGCAGCAGAAGCCGAGCUAGCCACAUAGGCAACACUGUGCAUGAACUGGGGGAGGAGGACGUCAGUGUGGAGGGGCAAGGGGACGUAGUGAGGGAAGCGGCGGCGGAAGCCUGACCAACCAACCAACCACGGAAGUCAUUAAGGCAGAUGAUGAGGGAGGGGAGGGAGAAGUUGCAGGAGAGUGGGAGGAGGAGAGGAAGACAAGGGUGUAGCCGAGAGAGAGGAGAAGACGAGAGGAGUAGUUCGGCCUCUUUUUCUUAAUCAAAACUAGGCUCAAGUUAACAACAACAACAAAAAAGAAAAAUCAGAACCAGCUAGGCCGUGAAGCAUGGACUUAGAGCAAAAUUAGCUCAAGUUACCAAAAAAAAUCAAAAUCGGAAUUAGGCUGCUGGGCUCAGAACUAAUAUGUUGUAUAUACGUUAUACAAAUAGCCUCGAGUUCGGUCUAUUUAAUGGGCAGGCUCAAUUUUCAAAUUUGGUCCAGCUUGUCGAGCUUAAAAAUCAAGUACAGACAUAUUUGAAACACUACAAGUUUGAGCAAGCGAGAUCUAUUAGUUACCACUAAGAGCAUAACCGAGCCAAACCGAGUCGAGCAGCUAGAAGCUCGAGCUCAACUAAAAUCAAAAUUUACGUGCUCCAAACUUGACUCGAGGUUGAUCAAGUCCUAAUAUCUAAGUUCGAACUCAAUUUGACCAAAAAAAUAAAUAACAUUUGAGAUUAACUUGACUCGACUCGAACAUCAACCAAGCCAUACUCAGGCUCGAAUAUGAACCGUGGUCAUAUUCAAAAAAAUAUGAUUAAAAGUUAAAAAUUAGAUCAAAUUAGAAAAAUAUAAAUAUUAUAUUUCAAAUUAUUAAAUUAAGACUAGAUUUGUAAGAUUUUGAGCCAGAUAUUUUGCUAGUCAACUUGAAUACGGUAAUAGUCGAAUCAAGUCAAAUGGUUGCACCCCUAGUCACCUUUGUUGGAACUCUUUUUGUUUUUUGUUUUUUUUGUCUCUUCAAGUUGUUCUUUCCUUGGAUGCCACUUCGCUCCAUGCUUCGUCAGACCGCAGCAGAUUUCUCUACAUAAAUAAAUAGAGCACCAUCGUUGCGUCGUUCCAGAGUCACCUCAAUUUAAAGUUUAAACCAAUAAAAAAAUCACGAAAACGAGGUGGGAAAGGGUGGGAUAAGAAGAAAGAAGGUUCGGCCUAACUCCUAAGCCAGGUUCUCCAGCGCUUCAUUCCUGCCCAUUCCCCAUUCAAGAGCUUAUAUUAUUUUCACAGGCGUCAAGCUUUUUGUGUUAGGAGAACCUGCUUGCAAGGCCUGCACUAAGAUGUGCAACAAAAGCACGGGAAUCCCUCCCACAGCACGCAAGACCGCCGCCUCUGCUGCAAGCAAUGCCGCUCGUGGAUUCCUCCCUUCUUACCACAUCCCAGGCCUUCUCUCUGCAAUGCAACCUCGGUUCCCAUCGAGUCCUAUAUUUCUGGUGCCGGUUCACUUCCAGCCACAUCCCAGAGAUCAUCCACCAUGGCCAUCACGCAUGAUGAUUUGUCCCUCAGGGCCCACCGGAGCACCGAUGUCAGGAGCAAGCUAGCUCCCUCCCUCGCGGCUCUAUCCGUGGCCUGUGGCCUCUUCAGCUUUGUUUUAUGUCUCGCCGCUGAGGGCUCCAGGACUGAGGCCACUUGGUAUAUCAUGAGCAACCAGGGUAAUGGCAGUAAGACAUACCAGUGCGUCUACGACGGGAGCGGCCGGAGACCGCUGGUGCUCGCUGUGAGUGCAUUCCUGUUGCUUGCGGUGGCCAUGUUCGCAGAGCAUGCCUAUAUGUUGGUGGCAGUAACGAGCCCUAAACCGCCGGGAUCACUAGUAGCCUGGACGCCAGAGGAUCCAAGCUUGGCAUCAUCCGCCAGAAAUCUUGCAUGGCAGACCUGUUUUAUUUUUCUCGCAACCUGGAUCUGUUUUACCAUCGCUGAGGUGCUUCUGAUGAUUGGCAUGGCCGUGGAAUCAAGCCAUAUAAGCCAAUGGACAAAACCAAGGCCUGACUGCCAUGUAAUUCGGCCAGGGUUAUUUGCAGCAGCAGGAAUCCUUGGAUUGAUAACGGUGUUCCUUGGAAUCGCCCUGUAUCUAACGGCGUUCAGGACUCAAACGUUGCACCAGGUAGCGGAAGGCAUGCAAAGAGGAGCACCAAACACAGCUCACCAGCAUCGCGUACCCCCUAGUGCGCCAGGAGAGCCAGGUGCCACGGCGGCGCAUCAAAGCCAGGCCCCGCAGGAGAAUCCCUCACUCAAUAAGACCUCGACUUCAGCAUAACUUCAAAUGGAUUUUGGGUAUAACAUAACUAUGUGCCUUACAAUGGUUUCACUGUAUCUGAAUUCAGUAGAUUUCUUUAUUCCGCUACUUCAUAAGCUGGGAGCCCUCAAACCAGAAACCUGAGAACGCCUAGCAGAUUGACAGCAGGAUUUCUUGAAAAAUAUCACUGUCAACUACUGUUCCAUAAAAAUUUCCAAGUGGUUAGUUAUCAAACUAUCACAAUCUGAGAUAGCACUGGAGUUAGUUUACCAAACAAUAAAGUGACAACUUACAUACGGCA